UCUGCAGUAGUGAUUACAGAGCAAACUUCUACUCAGUGAUUGAUGAUAGAUUACAAUGGCUUGUAACACUAGAGUUCAAUCAGACCAUCACAGAGAACUGGCCUUUGCAGCCCAUUUAGCUGCAACACUUGCUGUACCACAGCUGGAGGAUGACACUUUUCAAUCAGUCAUCUGCAACUUCAUGUGGAAUCUGACUGAGCAGAAUUUGGAAGUGAUACAGGCGGCAUUGAGCUACCGGUUCUCCAGACAGCAAAUCUAUCAAAUGCUGACUUCCAUUGCAACGUCAGCUGCCACAACUGCAAUUGAUUUAAUGCCAAAACUAUCUGGAAUAGUGGGCAUGAAUCAAUCUGCAGUUGUGAACUCAAACAGGCCAUUAACAUCAGAAACGCCAGCGAUCCUGAAGAUGGAACAGCUUCCAUACGUGUAUCCACUUGAAUCUCUUUUUGGGAUCACGGUGGAUGGUCUCCUCAGCAGCGGUGAAUGUGAUUUCAGCGACUCUCUGGGUGAAGACGAUCCGUGUUCCUCUGAACUCGCUGGCAUUGUGGUGGAGGAAGUUUGUCAUCGGGUGAAUGUGGUGAUGCACAACAACAUGCUGAAGAUCAAUGCAGCCUCAUCACCAUGCUUCGUUUACUUCCGUCCGGAUGAUUCCUGCACUAAUAUUGGGGAAUUACUGAUUAGUGAGGUCAUCCGAAAGCUGAGUGUUUUGCAUUUCCACAUCUCCCGCACAGUGGCCACAACAGCCAUCGCCACGGUCCUUGCGGCAAUAGAGGGCAAACUCCCGUGCGCUCUCAGAACGAGACAUACGGUGGAGACCACAAGCAAUGUGAUUGACUACAUUGUGGAGGAUGUCAUUCAGGCAUGGUCAAAGAAUCCUACUGCAGCGUCCAGAACAUGGGAAAGUGGGCCUGUCCCAGUUCUGCGGCCGACUUUUGAGUCAUCUGAAGGUGGACUGUCGCUUGUCCUGCAGGAGUCAGAUCAACCCUCAGGCAGUGACGGGCCAAAGACCACCACCUUAUUUGACUCACUGAUGACCGCCCUCUAUAUGUCGAAGUUCAACGGUCACUUCAGCCAGCAGGACAACAGUUACGCAGCCUCAGAACGUCUGCAUCAAAGGCUCACAGAUUUAAUGAACUGCAUCCUAAGAAGCGAGAUGUCGCAGGCAGAGAGCGUCUCGGUGGUCAGAAUGACAGCUAAAGAUUUCCUCCAUUAUUUUGUGGAGGAACUCGUACAGCGUCUUUUUGUGUCCUCCAGAUUCCCCCAUCCUGCGACACUCCCUGAAAAUACUCCAGUGAUGCCCUUCAUCAUCAAAGAAGAGGAUUUCGGUCUGACAGUGGUGGAUCAUCUGACAGAGUUGGUGGUCAGUCAAGUUUUUGACUUGCUGACAAAGAAAUUUCCACCGAUUGAACAGUUAGAAACACAGAUUGAAGUGCACAGUCAGGCUGUGUCAGUACAGGAGGAUCUACCAAAACUGACCUUCAGAAAUAAGUUCAAGAUGAUGAAGUCGAACAUCCUUAAAAAGAUUAAGAAUCCCUUCAGAUCCAAAAAGGACAAGAACAAGGGUGAUACCGAGGAAAAUGCAUCUCAAAAAUCUGACAAGAAGUUGUCAUUUUUAGGGUGGACGAUUCCCUUCUCCCUAAAAUUGAAGUUUUGUGUCUAACAUGGGACUGCACUACAUCCUGCAACAUCUGGACAAACCAGGGACUUAUGCAAGGAUCCUGUUUCCUGUUGGAUCCUGCUACACAAGGAUGCCCUCCUGUAUAAUCUGACACAGCUCUCUGUACCCUCCUCAAUCUGUCAGUGGAUCAUCAACUUCCUGACAGACAGACAGCAGCUAGUGAGGCUGGGAAAACACAUCUAGGAGCCUCACUAUCAGCACUGGAGCUCGUCAGGGGUGCGUUCUCUCUCCUCUGCUCUUCUCCCUCAACACAAAUGACUGCACCUCUAAAGACCCCUCUGUGAAGUUCACAGACGACACCACAGUCAUUGGCCUCAUUCAGGACAGUAAUGAGUCUGCUUACAGACAAGAGGUUGAACAGCUGUCUGUCUGGGUGCAGUCACAAUAUCCUGGAGCUGAACAUGCUCAAAACAUUAGAGAUGAUAGUGGACUGUAGGAGAAACCCCCUCUCAGCAUCAUGAACGGUGCUGUGGAGGCAGUGGAGUCAUUCAGGUGCCUGAGCACCACCAUCUCUCAGGACCUUAAGUGGGAAAAUUUCAUCGACUUCAUUGUGAAAAUGGCCCAACGGAGGAUGUACCAUCUUUGUCAACUGAAAAAGUUCAAUCUGCCACAGGAGCAGAUGACAGAGUUUUACUCGGCUGUCGGUUCUGUGCACUUCUAUAACUGUCUGGUUUGGGUCAGCCAGCAAAUCAGACAUAAGAAGACUGCAAUGGACUGUCAGCUGAAAGGAUGAUUGGUGUGCACCUGCCCAACCUUCAGGACUUGUACUCCUCCAGAGUGAAGAAAUGGGCAGGUAACAUCAUCACAGACCCCUCUCACCCCGGAUACAACCUGUUUGCACUUCUCACCUCAGGCAGAUAUUACAGACAUUUUUUUCCCCAAUGAAAAUACAAUUCAUGAAAGCAAUAAUUAGAUAUUAUGCAAAAGUACAAAUCUGUACAUAAGUCUUCUGUACCAGAUGUAUACUACUUUUAUUAUCAGUGGUUUAAAGUAUUUGAUCAGAGGUAUUUAGUUACUGUACUUGAACAUCUUUUUGGCAACUUUAGUUUUACGGAGUAUCAAAUAUAUUGGCAACUUUUACUCUCUACUUGACUACAUUUUUGAACAAAUGUACUUUUUAUUCCAAUUCAUUUGUGAUGAGUAAUGCCUUUAGACAUUUCCAAGUGAUUACAGGAGUACAGACACACAACUGGAGAAACUACAUCAUCCUUUAAGCCAAGCCAGAAAAAAUGUUGGUGUACACAAUGUUCAAUCAGUGAAAGCAAGCAUUGACCAAUGGCCACAGAACCCAACAAAGUGUCUAUUGCUGUUGGUCGAUAUCUGUUGUUGCAGUGUGAAUUGGCCUUAACAAGCGGGGAAUAAGGGUAUUUCUCCAUACUCCAAAGCUAAAUAAAAGUUCAAUUUAAUAAAUUUUUAUUAAAUGGGGGAGGGGGUCUUAUUGUGCAAUUCGGGCAGAACCAGGGUGAAAUCCCGCCGAUAUCCUCAAUAUCCGCCACAUGACGGAUGGAACCACUCUUCACAUCUACUGCACUGUGUCAUCAUCACCUUGUCAGGGCUAUUUGGCCACCUGCAGACACGGUACAGUUGUUUGUCUUCCACCUUACCAAAGACAGUGGAUGAUGGACCAUGUAUAUAUUUUAAUAUAAACAUAGCA